AUGCAGUUCACCGAUGCAGAGGCCGUCGAUGUGAAGAAGUGGGUGGUCAAGAAGCUUGAGGAUAUCUCUGAUGCCGACUCGGAUGUGCUUGCAGACUAUGUUUUGGCGCUGGUUAGGUCUGAUGCGCCCGCUGAGGAAAUCAAGAAGCUUUCGGUGGAAAACCUAGAGGAUUUCCUACGUGAACACACGCAGCCAUUUGUCAAUGAGCUCUUUACAACCUUCGGCCCUAAACCACCCGCGCCUGCACCUCAAUCUCAACCUCAAGCCCAACCACAACCUCAACCUGCUGCCCAUAUUCCCUCGUCGCAACCUCCGCCGAAUGCGCCUAGUGGCCCAAGGGCUGCCACCACUCCUGGUAGUGCCACUCGCAAACGAACAUUCAAUGAAGGAUUCCAAGGAGAAGGGGAGCGUGAUGGUGGUGCGUUCCAGAAUCGCGCCAUGAAGACUCCGCGACGUGGUGGACGUGGAGGUGGUCAUGGGGACUUCAUGGGGGGGCAUCAGAUGCAACAGGGCCAACAGUUCCCCCAGCAGCAGAGUCAACAAUUCCUUCCACGGCAACAGGGACAGCCGUUUGCCCCACAGCAGCCGGGCGGCUUCCCUAUGAUGCCUGGGUUCCCGCCAUUCGAUCCUAACGAUCCUAUGGCAGCAAUGAUGGCUAUGCAGGGAAUGCAAGGGAUGGGUUUCCCACAAAUGGCAGGCAUGCCUAUGCCCGGGAUGCCCGGUGCGCCCGGCCAGCAAGGCGCCGAUCAAAUGCCACAAAGCAACCAGCGCUGUCCGUUCUAUGACACUCAGGGUAUUUGCUACCUAGGGAACACUUGCCCUUAUCAGCACGUCGAGAGUAGUGCUGUGAAGGAUGAUGAAUAUGAUCCCAAGACUGCCGGUAUGAAUGCGCAGCGAGGUGGUGCCUUCAUGCGUGGUGACCGAGGCCGUGGUCGUGGUCGCGGUGGAUUCAGCGGACGAGGACGCGGCCGGUCCGAUUUCUCGUCGGCAGGACCCAAUGAGGACCAGUCAGUCACGACAAUUGUUGUUGAGCAAAUUCCCGAUGACAAGUUCAACGAGGAUUCUGUGCGCGAAUUCUUUUCUCAAUUUGGCAAUAUCACCGAGGUUUCAUUGCAAACUUACAAAAAAGUGGCAAUGGUGAAAUACGAGACCUUCCCGGAAGCCAAGGCCGCAUGGUCAAGCCCCAAGGUCAUCUUUGACAAUCGUUUUGUGAAGGUCUACUGGUACAAACCGAACCGUGAUGAAAAGCCUGACAGUGCACACCCCGAGGCUCCGGCUUUCAACCAAGAAGAGUUCGAGAAGCAACAAGAAGAAGCACAAAGGGUACACGAAGAAAAAAUGAAAAAGCGCCAGGAAACCGAAGUAGCUAAGCAAGCUCUGGAGCGCCAGCGCGAUGAACUUCUUAAGAAACAGCAGGACGAACGGGCGCGUCUCAUGCAGCGACUUGGAGCCACGGCUGAUACCAGCAACGGUGCCAGCACUGAUGAUGCCAUGGCCACUGAGCCUGCCGCCGACGAGAACAUCAGUGAUGAGACGAAAAAGCUACGCGCCCAACUUGCCGCCCUCGAGGCCGAAGCAAAGAGCCUCGGUCUUGACCCUUCAGCUGACCCUUCGGCACGAGGUGGAUACCGCGGUCGUGGUGGCUACCGUGGCAGAGGCGCAUACCGUGGACGCGGAGGCUUUGACCCCAAUUUCCGCGGAGGAUAUCGUGGACGUGGUGGACCCGGAGCUCGGGGUCGAGGAGGCGUGCUUCGUCUCGAUAACCGGCCUCGACGAGUUGCGGUGUCAGGCGUUGAACUCAACUCAGACAAGGAUGAAGCAUUGCGUCAGCAUCUGAUGGGCGUUGGUGAAUAUGAAUCUAUCGAGGCACACCCCGACCAGCCUAACUCCGUUGUGGUGGCCUUUAAAGAACGGUAUCAAGCCGAGAAGCUUAUGUUCUCUCCCUGGAACAUCCCCUCUGUAGGUGAGGUCCAGCUCACCUGGGUUGCCAACCCGCCUAUCGUGCUUCCUGCUGCUGGAUCAUCGACAGACUUCAAGGGUGGUAUGGGACAGGACGAGCCAGAAGACACUGUUAUGUCAUCCACGCCUGUGGUCAACACGGCUCCUGCGCGUGAUAUGGACUACGAUGUUGCUGAGGAAGACAGCUGGGGCGCGUAA